ACAUUAGCUAUUGUAUUAAUAAAAAUAGCAUCAAAGAAUUCUUGGAGAAAAAUAAGUGCAGUAAUCUUUCAAGUUCAAUUGCAUGUAAAGAAAUGAUUUGUAAUUCCACGCGAGAAGAAAAUCAUAUCGAAAGCCUGUGUUUAGCGUAAUCUUUUAUGUCCGUCUGUGAAGUUGUACAUCUCGCAUCGUCACGAUAUCAUAACUUCGUUCAAUCAGAACCCCGAGACAACUGUCAAUUAUUCAUUCGCCAGGCUCAAUCAUCGAUAUUUCAAUCCGCAAAAUUGCUGGUAUAGCGCUGAAAACUUUCUCCGUAGUAAAAGUUUAUUUUAGGUAUAAUCACAAGAUGCACGCUGUCUACGCUCGCAUCGCGCAGAUGCAAAAAUCCUAUAGACUUCUCGCAAAUCCCAUCACAUCGGCGCUCACUUAUGUUCGCAAGCUAGCCGUUUCAAUUAUCUCCGAAAGUGAAAAAAAGAGGCUCGCGAUUCUACCGUACUUUGCCGCAACCCGAUCGUUUCGACGCAGUCGAGAUCGAAAUUCGUAUCGGUUCAAUUUUCAUCCGUCGUCGAUUUUUAACUCUUAAUUAGAAUGGCAUCGGGCAAAUCGUUCGCGAGUGUUAUCGGCGUGAAUAUCGCGCUGCUGAGAUUCUCCGGCGUGGUGUCGCGUAAGAACGAAAGCAUUCGCCGAUUGAGCGCACAGAACGCUCUCAGCGCGCUCGCCUACGGCUGCCUAUUCGCGUACACGAUUUUGUAUAUUUACGAAUUCGCGUUGUACACAGCUUACUUAGACACCUGGAUGGAGUCGUUUGCGAUGAUACUGUCGAUGGUAGGCGGACAGGCGCGAUUCACAUUCGUUCUUUUUUUCCGAGACAGAUUUCAGCGAUUGCUGAUGAUAUGCGAGGAACUUUGGGCGGCGUUGAGCGCGGCCGAGAAAAAGUACGUGUGCGAUUACGUGAAAGCGACGAAACGUCUGACUUAUUACUAUCUGUUCGGAUGUGUUUUCACAAUCUUCUUCUACGCCGUCGCUAGUCUUUUCAUGGGCCAGCGUGACGAUUCGUCGAACGCGACGGCGAGAUCCUUACCGUACGCGUGUCCCGUCGAGAUCUCACGGUCGCCUUAUUAUGAGAUAAUGUACGCUAUGCAAUUGUGCAGUAUGAUAAACGUCGCGCUCACCUGUAUCGCCGCGGACACGAUCGGACCGGUGCUGAUCCUAACCGUUUGCGGCCAUUUCAAAGUCCUGAAUACGCGAAUUUUGAGCCUGAGCGAUCGCGCGUAUUCGAAAGAGUCGCGUUCCUCCGCGGAGUCUCUCGAAAUAACGUUCGAGGAAAAUAAUAAGCGAAACGAUGUGAAGUACGAUCUCGCAAUCUACAUACACUAUCAUCAAAUGGUGCUCCAGUACGUACACACAGAAAAAUAUCAUUCUAUUGCUAAGAAAAGUAAUUACUCGGCUUACUUUUCUUUUUUUAAGUAACA